AUGGCUUUGCUCAUCGCUUGGGUCUGCGUCGCUGUGAGCAUCGAGAAGGCGCUGGGGGGCCAAGGCGACGGGGGGGACCUCUACUCGGAAAACAUCACUCGCAUCCUCGACAAGCUGUUGGACGGCUACGACAACAGGCUGCGGCCGGGAUUUGGAGGUGCCGUGACAGAAGUCAAAACGGACAUCUACGUGACCAGCUUUGGGCCGGUGUCCGACGUGGAGAUGGAAUACACAAUGGAUGUCUUCUUCCGGCAGACGUGGACUGAUGAGAGGUUGAAGUUUGGUGGGCCAACAGAAAUUUUGAGAUUGAACAAUUUAAUGGUCAGUAAAAUAUGGACACCAGACACGUUUUUUAGAAAUGGAAAAAAAUCAAUUGCUCAUAAUAUGACAACUCCUAACAAACUUUUCAGAAUUAUGCAGAAUGGAACUAUUCUUUACACAAUGAGACUAACCAUUAAUGCUGACUGUCCUAUGCGGCUGGUGAACUUCCCAAUGGAUGGACAUGCUUGCCCUUUGAAGUUUGGAAGCUAUGCUUACCCAAAAAGUGAAAUAAUUUAUACAUGGAAAAAAGGACCUCUGCAUUCUGUAGAAGUACCACAGGAGUCUUCCAGUCUCCUCCAGUAUGAUCUCAUAGGACAAACUGUAUCUAGCGAAACAAUUAAAUCUAACACAGGUGAAUAUGUAAUCAUGACAGUUUAUUUCCACUUACAAAGGAAGAUGGGAUACUUCAUGAUACAGAUAUAUACUCCUUGCAUUAUGACAGUCAUUCUUUCUCAGGUCUCUUUUUGGAUUAACAAGGAGUCUGUUCCAGCCAGAACAGUCUUUGGAAUUACUACAGUUCUAACAAUGACCACUUUAAGCAUCAGCGCACGCCAUUCUUUGCCCAAGGUGUCCUAUGCUACUGCUAUGGAUUGGUUCAUAGCUGUGUGCUUUGCCUUUGUCUUCUCUGCACUUAUUGAGUUUGCAGCUGUCAACUACUUUACCAAUCUUCAGACUCAGAGAGCAAUGAGGAAGGCAGCAAGGGCAGCAGCACUGGCAGCAGCACUAUCAGCAGCAACUGUACCGGCAGAGGACGAGAUUGUCUCGCAUUCUGACUCCAAUUGCAACCUGAAGAAGCGAGUAAACUCCGUAACAUCUCAGGCAGAUCAGUCUCCUGAAGCAAGCAUAAUAUCAAACAGUGCAUCCCAGUGUCAACCUGUGUCUGCUCCUCCACCAGCCCCCCCAGCACCACCACCAGUUGGAGGCACAAGUAAAAUAGACCAAUAUUCUAGGAUCCUCUUUCCAGUGGCAUUUGCAGGAUUCAACCUGGUAUACUGGGUUGUCUACCUUUCAAAAGACACUAUGGAAUUUUUUGAACCUACUGCAAUGCACCUCCGAAAUGAUCAUCAGACCAACUGA